CGCACCGGUUUCUUUCUCUCUCUCUCUCUCUCUCUCUGGGGUUCUGGUUAGACUGGUUUGGUCGUGCGAAGUAUGGGGGAUACACUGGUGGAGCUCGAGCAGAUCCUCAGAUCAAGCAAGGAGAAAUUAACACAAGAUGAGGAGCAUGUGCUUCGAAGUUGCAAGGCAAGGGCAGUGAGGGACUUCACAUUUAGUGCCUGUCUUGUUUCUGGUAUCACCUGGACAGCAACGAGGAGGCUUGCCUAUGCGCAUCGCUUUAAUCUAUCUGGAGGUGCUGCUAUUCUUUUUGGCAUGUGGAGAUUUGAUAGGUCCCUUAAUUCAUGCCUAGAUCAAAUUCUUGCCUUAGAGGGAAGUCGCAUGCAGCGAGAGCUUGCGAAGCUAAUACUGACCAAGUAUCAGGAUGAUCCUUGGAGAAUGCAGCUUGUGAAGAAGCAUUUCUAUUCUGAAAGGGUAUUCAAUGAUGCUAAUCCCGAAAAGCCAUUAUCUAGGUGGCGUCAGCGCCACUUCUUUGGAGACACUAACACCCACAAACCUCGUGAGGAUGAAGAAGGAACUUUUGAGAAAACCAACUCCAAGCAUGAUGACAGCAAUGAACUGGAGAGCUCAUCUGAGAGUUACACGCCAAAGGAGGUACCAAAAACGUCAGAGGAUUUUGUUCCGAACCCUCUGGACUACAUUCUCGGGUUUCCAGGAACUGACAGUGGGAGCUCUGAAACUAUUAGCCCUUCACCAAAAAGGCGCAAUCGUGCUCACAGAAGACUUCACCGAAAAAAUCAUAUUCCCCACAAUGUGUCGUUGAAAGCUGAACUUGUAGAAUAACAGUUGAUUGAGGGAAAUAUUCACCUCCUAAAAUUUUUUGUGAGGAAAUUAUUUGUUCGAGUUGGUUUUUAAAUAUUUAGUUCCUGAACUGCUGAUUCCAACAGAUGUUUCCACCCGCAAAAUGUUGUCUCUAUAUCUUAAUUUAUCCUAAAAGGCGCAUCUGAUCUUGGUAGCACUACGGGACUGAGAUGUGGGUAGAUUUGGGCCUGAA